AUGAAUUGUUAUAAGAAAGAAAUCACAAAAAAUUGGUUAUAUUAAGAAGAUAAAUAUAUAGAAAAUAUAGUUGGUGCUUUUGAAGUAAUAAAAUUACAUGAAGAAAGAUCAAUAUAAGCUGGAAAUACUCGUUAAAAGAUUGCAGAAUAACUAUAAACAUAUAUUGAUGAAGAUCCAUAAGAUUUACCUCAACUUUUAAGUACAAAACAUGUUCUUUCACUUGAUGAAUAACUUUUAGAUUAUCCAUGUUAGAUUAUCCAUGUUAUAAGAAAGGUGGUAUAUUUGGAUCUGUGACAUAAAGAUAAUGUUAAUUGUAAAAAACUACACUUGGAUAAUAUAAGAAAGGUGAUGUAAUUAUAAAAACUUUUGGUGUUAUUAAAACAUUUAAUAUUUAACAUCUUGAAGUUGCCAAUAAAGAUUUUAAAUGGGAUGUAAGUUAUUAAAAGUUUCUUGUAAGACUUAUGUUCAAUUUUGUUAAACAUAGUCCUGUAUGGAUAUAUUUUACAGGUGAUGAUGAAUGUUAUAAGUAUUAUGAUUAUUUUAAGUGUCAUAUUACUAUGAAUAAAAUGUUAAAAUUGCCUACCAUUAUUUUAGAAUCAUUGUCACUUGUAAAAGAGAAUUAUUUUCUAUUAUUUGCUUAGAAAUUAGAGAUCUACUCAAUACAGGUUAUAUAUUAAAGAAAAAAGGCUGCUAAAUUAGGAAAAGAAGAAGCUAAAUUCUUAAUGGAAAUAGAUAUUAAAUAAUAAGAAAUAUUUUAUAAAAGAAAUGGUUAAAUAAGAGUUUUUAAUUCUUUAAAAGAGAAGAAAGAAUGA